AUGCUGAACCUAAAAUUGGUUUCAAAAACUUUGCAACCAUUAAAAUCACGUGUAGAUAUCGGUCAGCUACUGAAAGUUGUGCCUGCAGCAUGCAUCCAGGGCCGUGGCUAUGCCGACCACGUCAUCCCAGAAAGGCUUAAGGACAUGGCAACCAACCCCAAUCCCAGAUUCUUCGACAUGGUAGAGUACUUCUUCCACAAGGCCUGUGUUUUGGUUGAAGACAAGCUUGUGGAAGAUUUGGCCAAAGUUAAAGGAUCAAGGCUAACCCUUCAACAAAGACAGGCUAAAGUUAAGGGAAUCUUGACUCACAUGGAAGAAUGUGAUCAUGUUAUUGAAGUUGCUUUUCCCAUCAAACGAGACAAUGGAGAAUAUGAAAUUAUUAAGGGUUAUAGGGCUCAACAUAGCACACAUAGAACACCAUGUAAAGGAGGUAUGCGUUUCUCGAUGGACGUGUCCAGAGACGAAGUUAAGGCUUUGGCUGCUCUUAUGACAUUCAAGUGUGCAUGCGUAGAUGUCCCCUUUGGUGGGGCCAAAGCAGGAGUAAAAAUAGAUCACAAGAAAUACUCCGAACAUGAAUUGGAAAAAAUUACUCGUAGAUUUACUUUGGAACUCGUUAAGAAAGGAUUCAUCGGGCCCAGUAUUGAUGUACCCGCUCCAGACAUGGGUACCGGCGAGCGUGAGAUGUCUUGGUUGGCGGAUACGUAUUCGAAAACCAUUGGUUACAGGGACAUCAACAGUCACGCCUGCGUAACCGGUAAACCGAUCAACCAGGGUGGUAUUCACGGUAGAGUGUCGGCUACCGGUCGCGGUGUCUUCCAUGGUAUACAAAACUUUAUCAAUGAGGAGAAUUACAUGCAAAUGAUUGGAUUGAAAACCGGCUGGGAGGGCAAAACUUUUAUCGUUCAAGGUUUCGGUAAUGUAGGCUUGCACACUAUGAGAUAUCUUCACAGAGUCGGUGCUAAAUGCAUUGGUAUUAUUGAGCAUGAUGGUUGUAUUAUCAAUGAAGAAAAAGGUAUUGACCCCAAGGAUCUCGAGGACUACCGCGUAACCAACGGAACCAUCGUGGGAUUCCCUGGAGCUAAACCAUACACGGGAGAAAAUCUUAUGUUCCACAAAACCGAUAUUUUGGUGCCAGCUGCUGUUGAAAAGGUUAUCAACAAAGAUAAUGCCCAUAAAAUUCAAGCCAAGAUUAUUGCCGAAGCUGCCAACGGUCCAUUGACCCCAGCAGCUGACCAAAUUCUUCUCAAGAAAAACGUACUCAUCAUCCCUGAUUUAUACGUAAAUGCUGGUGGUGUGACUGUUUCGUUCUUUGAAUGGUUGAAGAACAUCAAUCACGUUUCCUACGGAAGAUUGACCUUCAAAUAUGAAAGGGAUUCUAACUACCACUUGUUACAGUCGGUUCAGGAGUCGUUGGAAAGAAAGUUUGGCGCAGAGCAAGGAAAUAUUCCCAUUCUACCAUCAACUACUUUCCAAAAGAAAAUAGCCGGUGCUUCUGAAAAAGAUAUUGUCCAUUCUGGUUUGGAAUUCACGAUGGAAAGAUCCGCCAGGGCCAUUAUGAACACUGCCCAAAGAUACAAUCUUGGUUUAGAUCUGAGAUCUUCAGCUUAUAUAAACUCAGUGGAAAAAAUAUUUAAUACUUAUUCUGAAGCUGGUCUUACAUUCUAA